CGUAAAGGUACAAGGGAAGCAAAACAGGAAGUAGAUACAAAGCCGCACAUGCGCAGAUUAAACCGCGUUUCCCAUUCGAAGUCAAAGAACCUUAACUUUAAAUCUGACAUCAAAUGAUGAUCUUGGUACAGUUUUCUCUCUAAUUCUUUUCCUGUAGCAUGGCGGACUUUGGCGGCAGUAACAGUCUCAUUAGUAAACACGACGAAGGUGUAAACAGCAGUACAUUACCGGCUUCGGAUUUAGGAAGAUUACAAACUGCCUCAGUGACAGUUUCCACCGGUUGUCAGCCUGGAUUUACGACCCCAAACCAGGAACUGAAUAAAAGAACCGUCCUUCAUGUGGACCUGAACAGUACAAUUCUGGUCUCUGACGCAGUGACUUGUCAAGGAACAAUAGCUGCUCUGGAUUAUUUCCUUACAACCGUCACCUGGGGAAAGAUAAACAAACACGGAAAAUGGGAAUGGCUGAGUGACUCUCCCUCCCUGCUCCCACCCUCAGGAGAGGCUGUGAGUUACUACUCUCAGUUUGGACGAACUCCUGCUUUCACCUCUGGGCCGGGAAGACGUUUUCGAAAAUACCUGGAUGAACAUCUGGACCUGCUGCUGUGGCCCGAGGGUGUGAAGGCAGACCGAGAGCUGUCCUCCAGAGGAGAGGAUGGACGACUGUAUCACUGGAUUGUUCCUUCCUUCUUCCAGCUCCUCAAAGACCUGCGACAGGAAAAUAGGGACUUUUCUAUUGUGUUCCGUACAUUUGGAACCGACUUGCAGAGGGUGCUGAGAGUUAUGAACAGAGCUUUAAAUGAAGGAGCUCAUCCACUGUUCCCCGAUCUGAUUGAUCUGAAGUUGACUGUCAACAUGAACCCAGGAAAAAUCCGCUGCGGCAAAAAGAAAAUGGUCCUGAGUCAAGGUCAACACCAAGUUUCUACAACUGUAGACGGAGAACGUGGAUUGUAUAACUACCUCAGCUCAGUUCAAGGUCUGGCAGGCUUUCAGGAUCACUUUGACUGGUGGGCUCAGAAUAAGUUCUCCACCUGUGGCGGAAAGCCCAUGUGGAUCAAUCCCUUUGACAAGACGGUUCAGCACAUUUUUAUUGAUGACAAUAUACGACAGAAGGACGAGGACACCAUUGUUCAGCCCAGGGUCUUUUUGGAUCCGGAUGGAGAUCAGAUCCGUCUGGCCAGCACAUCUGAGCUGUAUGACCUCACACUGGUCCAGACAGACCUUCUGAAAGCAAUAUCUGACCCACACUAUUUCACAGAGAGAGUCCACAUCUGCCUGGAGAACUAUGAGAGGACUCUUCAGCAGUAGGCAGACUAAGACCAAACAUAAAAAUACUGUGCUACUACCAGAAGAGAGUAGAUGGUCGGAAGAGAUUGGAGAUAGGGAUGUCUGAUUCGGUUCAAUAGUGUAGCGAAUAGCACACCUGCCUCGGAGGUAGAGAGCAGAGUCUUGGGUUUGAUUCCCAGAGGAACCUCAUGCAUAUCUGCUGUUAACACAAGAAUUUCCCAAAUAUGGGAUCAAUAUAGUUCAAUUGAUAUUACCUUUUUGCCGAUAUCCGAUAUGUCCAAACACUUCCGAUCAAAUUUGACAUGAUAUUGACCAAUACCGAUAAAGGUCUGGUAAUAUGAAUUUAUUUAUCUAUACAAACCACUGCAUGAGUUGCUGGGACCAGCAUUCUGCACACAAUCCUCUGAUUAUUAAAGUAGAUUAAUUAAAUAAGCUACGAUGCUGCCAUCUAGUGACUUUCACGUACAGCCAUUUAUCCCCAAAAUUAUUUUUAGGGCACACCUGAUUUGGCAAAACCCACAUUGUGUUAUUGGGGUUUCAUUAUCAGAGGAAAAAAACUAAAUUAUUCCUACAGAUACAGACCGAUAAUAUCAGACAUCCCUAAUUGCAGAUAGCAAGCUGGUUGCAGGUCUAGAGAUCAUGAAGUCAUAUCACUGACCAUUUCUACAAAGAUAUACAAGUCCAUCAGAUUCUGAUGCUUGGCAGCUAAAGAAAAUGAUAAUGCAAAUGAACCCAGUGUGUUAUUCUACUGUAGCUGGAUAUUAACCUGGACACUGUCCAGGAGAGUAGCAGCAGAUGAUUCCUCUUCUCUAGGUUCAUGGUCAACAGUCCGAUUGUUAUUCAUCUUAUUUUAAUACCUCAUAUUGUUGUGAAAAUUACAAUCAUGUUUAUUAAAGACACGGAUAUAUGUAGGGCAUAUUUGACAUCAUAUUAAAGGCUUCAAACUUCAGACCUUAUUACUGUCUUUCUCAUUAAAACUUUAAAAGAUA